AAGAAACAAGGAAGGAAGGAGAGGUCGCUUUGAAAGCAGUCGUACACAUCAGACGCUUCUUCUUUUUAAGUAACCAACCCCUCCCACUCUCUUCCUCCCCCAAAUUACUCUUUCCCCAUUUUUCCGAAUGAAUCGUCUAGCCCCUUUAUCGGAGGAGCCCAUCGACGAACACGACGCUCGUACUCGUACUCGUAAUCGCAACCGUACCACUGCCGGAGCAGGAGGAGGAGGACGAUCCUGGCGGAACUGGAUCAGAACUCAUUUCUCCAUCCUUUCUUCUGCAAAAAAAUCCGAUGGCCUCAAUGUUCUUCUCAGCGUCCUUGGCUGCCCUCUCUUUCCCGUCUCUCUUCAACCUAACUCCGCCGUCUCCAUUACCAAUCAGGUUUCGUCGUCGUCUCAAUAUAUCAUAGAGCAUUUCGCGGCGGCAACGGGGUGUCGGAAGUUGAGGGGGAGAGUGAAGAACAUAUUUGCGACGGGGAAAAUAACGAUGGGAAUGGCGGAGGAGGUCAGCUCCGGCGUCGGCGGCGGAGGAGGAGGAGGAGGACCCACAGGCGGUGUAACACAAAAAAGGUUGUUUUGUGAUGUGGCAAAUGAUUCCGAAUAAGUGGCUGAUAGAGCUGUCUGUGGGAGGCCACAGCAUAGUGGCCGGCAGCGAUGGCAACGUCGCUUGGAGGCACACACCUUGGCUUGGCUCUCACGCCGCUAAGGGCGCCGUUCGCCCUCUCCGCCGUGCUUUUCAGGGAUUGGAUCCUCUAGCAAUUUCAGAAGUAUUCUCUCCAGCUCAGUACAUGGGAGAGAAACAAAUCAUGGCCAUUGAUUGUUUCGUAUUGAAAUUAUCAGCCGACCAAACUGAUCUUGCUGAUCGAAGCGACAACACAGCUGAGAUGAUCAAGCAUGCAAUCUACGGUUACUUUUGUCAAAGACGUGGACUUUUGGUCUACUUAGAGGACUCCUCAUUGACUCGAAUUCAAUCUCCUGGUUCUCACCCCAUGUACUGGGAAACAACCAUGUCAACAAAAAUCGACGAUUAUCGAACAAUUGACGGUGUUAUGAUUGCCCACUCUGGUGAGACCGAUGUCAUCAUCACACGCUUUGGAGAUGAUCUUAAAACCGGCCCUAUGAUCACGCGAUUGCAAGAGAUUUGGAGUAUUGAUGACGUGGCGUUUAAUGUUCCAGGAUUGUCUAUGGAUAGUUUUAUCCCACCUAAACAAGUUCAAAAGAAUUGAGCAAGUAGUGAAUCGUAAUCGGUUGUCAUCGCUCGAUAGAUCAACAGUUGUGAUUUGAUAGAUGAAAGUUUAGGUUGAAUGAGUUCAAUCCAUGAUUAAAUGUAAGUCUGCAUGAUCCAAAAGGUUAAAAAUAAUAUAAGAUGACAUAUAUGUUAAUAGUUUAA